AUGGGCGGGAGCGAAGGCAGUGGUGGGGUCUUUACAAAGGGGGCCGGUCCGCACGGAGGAAUAGCUUAUAGGCUGGAGGUGGGGAUGCAGCAGUCUUCGGUGCUGGGUCCAAAUAGGCCCUGGUUAUUGAGCGCUCUUCUCGCCAGCCAGCCCCCUCGCUACCUCUUAGCCCCAAUCAGCUACUCUCCUUGCCAGCAGCAGCUCCAAGCCUGUCGUCCUUGCUUAAUCCCAGCCACCAACCCAUGGCUGCCACAUAGCCCUGUGAUCCUAGGCAGCCACCGCUUAAGCACCAACAUCCGAGGGCUCACCUGUCGACGUAGUAUCCGGGACUAA